CCGUUGAUAAGGCUCCUGCUGCAGCAGCAGGGGGGUCUGGACCCGAAUUAGGCUCUGCUGAGCAGGAUAUAAUCCAAGUUUCCCCGCAUCUCGCUGUGGAGGCCAUGGAAGCAGAGAAGGGGAAGGAGAACGAAGAGGAAGAGUCUGUUCCUCUGGAGAAAAAAGAAAAGGUGCUUCCCCCAGCAGAAGGAGAGGUCUCUGGAGCUACAGAAGAAAAACCUCCUGAGACGUUUUGGGACAAAGCAGAAUGUGACAGUUCUCCUGAGCUGGGUGACAUGGAGCAGCCAGUGACAGACAGAGGAAACACUCCCCUUCCUGCAGGAGCAACUCUGCAGGCAUCUGCUUUGUCAGUGGAGCUGAGCAGCUGCACAGAGUCAGGUAACACCGGAGAACCCAGUUCUCUCUAUUCAGAAUCAGCACUUACUAGUGAGCAUGGUGACCAAAAAUGGGAAGAGGAAUGGCAGCAGCAUGGGGCUGAGGAACGUGAAAUAUGCAGAAGUGAGAAAACCACAGAAGAAACAGAACUGGUUGUCUUGGAUCCAGAACAUCCUCUGAUGAGAAGAUUCCAGGCUGCUCUGAAGAAUUACCUUACUAAGCAGAUGGAAAAAGUGAACCUAGAGCUUCAGGAGCUGAGGGCAGAUACGAGGAAGGGCAAAGAACAGUGGGAAGAACUCGGGGUGGUUCUGUACGGAGCACAGCAGCAGCUGGCCCAUUUGCAGCUGGAGCUGGAGAAGAGCCAAGACCGCUGCUCACAGGCGGCCGCAGUGCGCCAGCAGCUGGAAGAGGAACUGGAGGGCCUGAGGCUCACUUACAAGACCAUGUGUCAGAACGCAGAUGAAGAACGCAGGAAAGUUUCUGCAAUGCAGACCCAGGUUGAAAACCUGGCCUUGCACCUCAUCUACAUGCAGAAUAUGGACGAGGAUAUGCAUCAUAACAUUUUACUUAUGAAAAAGUCAACAAAGAAGGCUGAGGCAGAGAAGCUCCAGGCUGAGGUGGAAAAGAGAAAACAGGACUUUCUCCUUGACCGCUUAACCAGAAAAGCAUAUGAACUCCAAGAACAGAUUGGUCUGCUUGAAGCUCAGUUUGCGGCACAGGCAGAGGACACAAAAGUAACUCGGCAAGCAGUAAAUGAGGCUUGUAUGGAGGUACAGGCUAUUAACAUGGAGAAAAAGCGACUGAUGAACUACUGGAAUAGUAGCUUGGCUGGAAUGAAGCAAAGAGAUGAGGCCUAUGUUGCCACACAGGAGCUGCUGAGCAAAUACAGUCGCGACCUCAAGUCCCUAGAAACGGACAUCCUUGGCUGUAGCAAAUCGAUCAGGAAAGAGGAGGAGAAGAAUGAGACUCUUGUCAGCACCCUGAGCCGGUCACAGAACCAUGCCAGUACAACAAAGAAACUGAUUGCCCAGUGCCUUUCAGCGCAGGAGGCCCUGAAGAUUGAAUUUAGCACCUAUGAUCGUGUUCUGCGUGAGACAGAGCAGGCUAUCAAUAGGACUAAGAUGGAUCAAGCUGCUCAUCUGAAUGAGCUGCUGUUGAUCAUUAAGGAUAUAGAGAAAGGAACCAAGGUCAAAGAGCAGACGGAGAAUGAAAUUGUGGCAAAGCUUCAGGACCAGCUGAUAUCCAACAAAGCCACAAAGCACUUCUCACAGCUGAUUGCACAACUUCAGAGGAGAAAAACAGAUCUGGAGCUGCAUUUUUCCAGGGUUGAGAAUGAUAUGGCCCAGGUUAUUCUGAACACAACUCACACCACCUGCAGGCUGGCAGUGCUCCAGAAAACACUUUGUGAGCUGGACAAGGAAAUAAGUAAUAUCCAUAAUCUGGUCAGCUGCAGGCAAAGAGAAAUCACAAAGGGCAACCUCCUGGCUGAGAGCAAGCAACGGGCCAUCAGCCAAUACAACAAGAGGCUGGAGGAGAUUCUUUCUGAGCUGGGAGGGCAAGAAUUGGGCCCACUGGAAAUUGAGAUUAACAAGCUGAAUAAGGAGAUAGAAGAAUGUAAUUCUGAGGUGAUGACACUGCAGAAGAACUGGCUGAAUCAGCAAAAAGAGCUGGUCAAGCUAACACGUGAACAGGAGGAGCAAAUUGCCUCCUUGGAUAUGUUAAAGAAACGGUUGACCAUAAUGCAGCAGAAGAAACUGCGCACGGAAAAUGAAAUUCAGCAGGAAACAAAAGAACAGAAAGACAUCGAACAUCACAUGAAGAACAUGUACAAUGACUUGAUAAAGUUGAACGUGUUGAUCAACAAGAAUAACAGCAGCUAUGAGGAGCUGCAGUGUAACAACAUAAUAACAGAGAACGAGUUCAUACGUGCUCUCAAGGAAGCAGAAAAAGAAGCAGUUGAGAUGCAGGAGAGACAUAGCCAAUUGUCUGAGGAGAAGGAAAGACUCCUGAACAGCGUGGUGGAAGCAGAGCAUCAAAUCAUGCUAUGGGAGAAGAAGAUCCAGCUGACAAGAGAGAUGCGAGCGGCAGUGGAUUCUGCGACAGGAGAGGGUGAAAUCCCAGCCAUGAAAAUAGAGAUUCACAGGAUGCAAGUCCGCUACAGCCAGCUGAUGAAGCAACAGGAGAAGAUGGUUCGUGAGAUGGAGGCAUGUGUUUCUCGCAGAGAGGCAGUAACAGUUCGUGGAGAGGGGCAGAAGACUGCAGAUAAGAAACGUUUCACCAAGAGCGACUUCCACCGCAAGAAAGAGGAGCUGAGAAAGAAGAUCAGUGAGACCCAGAAGAGUACUCAGGACUGUGACAAAACCAUCCUGGAGCUGGAGAGCACCCAGGCCUCCCUCAGUGCUGCUGUCUCCCAGAAGCAGGAGGAGGUGUGCAGGCUGCAGGCAGAGUCUGAUGUCCUUGAUUCGGAUUCAGAACAUCUUCGGAAUGAGAAGCGAUGGAACCUUCUGGAGCUUGUGGCCCACCAGACCCGCCAGAAGCACCUGCAGGCACUGAAGGAAGGGAAGUACAGUCCCCUCUGCCGCUCUGAGCAAGCCUGGAGGAACGAGCAGCGGAAGCUGCAGGCCCGGCUCCGCACCGUUCAUGCCAUCAUCAGUCGGGUCCAGCAGGAGCAUCCUGAGCACCAGGGGACUCUGCAGUGGCUCGGCCGGUGCGUGCAAUCCAGGCUGACCCCGCAGGAAGCCUGAGGGGCCCCAGCACCGGCUCCUGGUGUUUGUAAAGAAAGAAAACCUGCCUCAAGAACC